AAGCCCCGUGAGCAAGAACUAAAUCACAAACCAGUCUGCUGCUGUUGCCAAGAACUGACAUGGUAAAGGAGCUCUCUGCAUAGGAUGACCUUCUUGUGCUUUGGAUGACAAUGACCAUACACUGACCACACACCUGGGAAGCCUGUGGAUGAAAAAAAAAACUCAAGAUAUUGAAAUGGACCACAUAAAUGGAAAUGUAAUCACAAGUUUUCACAAAACAAGUGCUGAGUGGAAAGUUGUUCUCUUAAUAUGCUUUUCAUUGCUAAACACAGGUUGUUCAGCUUUACACAACGUCAAAGGAUUGGUUGGCAAAAGUGUUGAACUUUCUUGUCAUUGUAAGUUCCCAACCCAUACAAUCAAAUUACUCUACAUGCAAAAAUAUGACUCCAAUAAUGAGGAAAUCAUGGUGGCUGCAUACUACUCUGGAGAGGCAAUUAAAGAUGAAUACAUUAAUGAAGCUUUCAGAAAUCGUACAAGGAUUGACCUAUAUGAGCAGGUGGUGGAGCUUUUGGAUAUAAGGAUUUCAGAUGAGGGAAAAUACAAGUGUUUUGUUCAAAAUAAAACAACAGGAAGUGUGUACACAUUUGAAUUCCUGGUAACGGUUACAGCUAAAUUUACACGGCCAGUGGUGCUGAAGAGUGAAGAUAGCAACGAUGGAAAUUAUACCUGCUUCUCCAGUGGAGGAUACCCUGCACAUAAUGUGAAAUGGCACUUUAACCCUGACCUGAACACCUCAGACUGGUUCAUUGUGGAAGAAAAAAAAAACAAAGAUCCUCAAACUGGAUUGUUCAAUGUUUCAAGCACAAUUACAAUUAACAGCCCGCUAAAUUUGAACAUCUGCUGCUCUGUUCAAAAUGAGACAUCGCUGACGAUUGAAACAUAUAUACCAACAGCGGACACACCCUUUGAUAACAUGUUGGUGUAUGCUGCUGUUGCUGCUGUUGCUAUGAUUACAGUUUGUAUGGUUAUCUGCAUUGUAUGGAGGAUGAAAAAAUCUUGUUCUCUAAACGUAUCCGUUAGGCAACCUAGAAUUGAAGAUACCAAUCAGCAGGAGACAACUGGUAUAAUGGAAUCGAGCACUUGAAAUGAUACUGUGGAACAAAGAAAGUUACUAUAUAUAAAUCUUAAUUAUGAUCAAUAUCAAUGGACAGUGAUUAUUCAGAACUGUAGUUAAGAGUGAUAGUCUUCAGCAGAGUGCUAACCAAGGUUUUGAAAUCAAUUAUCUUAUCCCUAUUAGCACCAGCAUUAUUAUCACUGGAGACCCUUUAAUUCUCUUUAGAUUUAUUUUUGUAUUUUUCUAAUCCUUCUUAGCCAAUCAAAGCACUCAGUUUGUCUAGGAUUUUUAAAAUGUAUCCAGGUGGGAAAUCACAAGCAGUUAUAUGAAUAAGAACUUUAAAAGUAAAAUUGUGUUCUGUAUAUGAGGCCGUUUUUGUAUCAUCAACUAUGUUUUUAUGAAUAUUUUUUUCUCUUGGGUAAACUCACUCUGAAAGUGAUUUUAUGUCAUGUAUGUUUUAAGAAUAUUACAUUAAUAUGUGUGUGUGUGUGUGUGUGUGUGUGUUUGUAUUUGUAUUAUGUGUUUAUUUUUUUUUUGGCCAGGAUCAUUAACUAAUGUUUUUUCAGCCUCAGAGAAAGACCUGAAUUGAAUUUUUGAAGUGAGGUAGUUUUAUAAAUGACCAGUAGAGAUGAUCACUGUAAUUUCUGCCCUGUCAGCCUCUGUGAGUUAUGACAUGGAAAAUAAAUGUUACACAACCUCCUCACUUCAGAAACUCAGUUCUUAGGAGUAUUUUUGAAACUUCUAAGCAAAAACGGCAUUGUAUUUGAUAUAAAGUAUCCCCUAACUAAUGGCCAGAGGAUUUGUAUUUAUAUGUUUAUGGAGUGUUCAAAUGUAGUGCAUUUCAUUUGAAAUUGUUCCCAAAAGCUUGGAAUUUAAUAACAUUCUGUAAGUGCCAUUUCACAAAAUGUACUAUUAAUUUUGUUUAAAUAGUUUGUAUCAAUUUAUAACUGACAAAACUAACACUUUCUUUAACAUUACGUUUGAGAUAUUCUUCUCCUAUAAUUUCAAUUCAAAUAUGAUUUUCCCAGAAACUGAAAUUGGUGCAUUCUUUAUGAGAGGUAUUUAUAUCACUAAUUACAGAAUAGUGAUGAGAUGUUUGCUAACCCUGCAGACAAGGACCUAGAUCAAUAAAAAUGAUGGCAUCACCACAGCCAUUAUAAAGUAAAGCAAUGGUGGUGCCAUGAACUUUUAUUUAAUUCAGGCCAAGGUUAACUGCUAAGGCAAUGCCAAAUAAAUGAUGGUCCUAUUGUUUAACUAUUUCUGUUGGAGGAAAUUACUGUGAUGAUGACAUCACUAAAGCAAAUGUGACAGACUGAAAAGUCUCAGGCAAACACACACACACACACACAGUGUAUAUAUAUAUAUAUAUAUAUAUAUAUAUAUAUAUAUAUAUAUAUAUAUAUAUAUAUACUAAUGCAGUCUUGCUUUAACGCAACUAUGUAAUUAAGCACAUUUUCCAUUGGAAAUUUGGUAGAGAUUUGUCUCAUGCUUUCUUAACACAUGUUUACUUUCUAAUCUUGCUUUAUUGUUGUUUUAUAUUUCUACUGUAAUUGUUUUAUGAAAAAUGCUAAAAUACACAGUCAAGGCAUCAUUAGAACCACUAGAUUAUUUGAUUAGAGCCCAUACAAUUAAGCAUUAAAGUAUGACGCAGAAAUCAUCUCAGUGACGGUCUUGAGAUCAAGGUGAUAGCACUUCAUGAAAUGUCAAUUAUCUUCAGGUAAUAAAACCGCUGGGGGGGAUAAGGGGUGGGAGGGUGGAGCGGGGUUUAGCUUUAAAAAAAAACAUUUAAAAUUAACUGAAGCCUUUUGUACAGAAAAUAUUUCUUUGCAUUGUCGAAUACCCGGUGUUGUGGUUACUAGUACUGUACUGCCUCUACAGUACUGCCGGUGUAGUGUCAGAAUGUGGUACGAGUACCAAAACUUGAGCCGUGUAAUGUCAGAAGGUGGUAGGGCGUCGGAUUUUGGUACAAGUUCAAUCAGUUGCUAUCCUCCAUGUAAAGCUCUAGUCUUAAGGUUUGUAGGAAAACUUAACGCAAUUGCCAAAGUUAAUUAUACAUUUGUUUUUGUUUUUUGCAAACAUAAACUGAAAACAGACAACCAAUUUCUCUUUUAAUAGUAAAAGAAAAAACAAUUCACAAUGAGCAAGACAAAAAGAGAAGUCACCGCAAAGUUGCACAAGUUAAAAAAUUCACAAGACCCAGUGUAUUGGAUAGGAUAAAUAUUUGCUUACUAUUUGCUUAAUGGUGGAAAAAUAUGUUAAGUUACAUUAAACACAAUGUAAAAGACUGAAAACAUCUUAACGUACCAGAUUUUGAACUGACAUUCCCCUGCUUUCUUAGCAAAGUUGUUUAUGCAUGGGCGAGAAGCACAGUGUGCUGUGUACCACUUUUUAACACGUACCAAAAAAAUAGCACUACACCUGUACUGUAUUGUGUACAAUAAAUAUGUGUGCCUAACUAAUGUGUUUUCCAUAAAAUGUGUCUGUGUGUUUUGUAAUUAUUAUAAACAUUGCACAAUAUAUUUAGCGAUGGUUAGUAAAUACAUUUAUAGUAUUUUUUUUCAUUUAUAUAUAUUUUUCUCAGUGCAUAUAAUAUAUAAUAUUGCAUAAUUAUUCAAGUUUUGUACUGUAAAACCAUUAUGUUCUCAGUUCUGUUUAUGUCAUUUUAAUAAAAACUGUACUAAAA